AUGUGUCAGGAUACUUUAUAUGCAAAUUUCAGAGUCAGGAGUUGGGUCCCCAGGUGCUUGGUCAGAACGCUGAAUCUAGAUGUGCAAGUUGUCGAACCGGAGUCUGCGGCCAAGCAGUUCAGCAAGGAUUUCCCCUUGAAGAAGGUGCCAGCGUUCAUCGAUAGCCGUGGCUACAAGCUUACCGAGCAGCUUGCAAUUGCCAACUAUCUGAUCAACCUCUCGGGUGACGAAAAGAUGAAGCAUCAACUGUUGGGCAAGCCGGACGACUUCAGGACGCAGGCGCAGAUCUUGAGAUGGGAGUCGUUGGCCAACAGCGAUCUGAUUAUGUUCUUGGUGAAGGUUUUUGGACCGUUGAGGGGCGAUGCGCCGUACAUCAAGAGUGACGUGGACAAGGCUAUGGCGUACGUGAACGAAAUUGUGGCCCUCUUUGAGGAGAGACUGCAAACGCACACGUAUCUGGUGACUGAGGAUAUCACUUUGGCAGACUUGAUAGCGACUGCUGCGAUGACCAGAGGGUUCAAUCAUCUGUUCGGUGAGAAAUGGCGGGCGGAGCAUCCGGCCAUCCUCAGAUGGUUCAACACUGUCAGAGACUCCAAGUUCUUGAAAGACGAGUACGCGGACUUCCAGUUCAUCGAGAAACCCGCAGAACCCCCAGUCAACAAGAAGAAGCAGCAAAAGCAGCAGGCCAAAAUGGCGGAACCCCCGAAGAAGAAGGAAGCAGCAGAGCCACAAACGACUCCUGCUAAGAAGCCGAAACAUCCCUUGGCAGUCCUGGGCGAACCCACCUUUGUGCUGGACGACUGGAAGCGGAAAUACUCCAACGAGGACACAAGACCGGUCGCUCUGCCAUGGUUCUGGGAACACUACAAUCCAGACGAGUACUCCAUCUGGAGAGUUGAUUACAAGUACAACGACGAGUUGACCUUGACCUUCAUGUCCAACAACUUGAUCGGUGGUUUCUUCAACAGAUUGUCCGCCUCCGUCAAAUACGUUUUCGGUGCCAUGGUUGUGUACGGUGAAAACAACAACAACGGUAUUGUCGGAGCUGUCAUGAUCAGAGGUCAAGACUACGUCCCUGCGUUUGACGUCGCCCCUGAUUGGGAAUCUUACAGCUACAAGAAGUUGGACCCAUCUAAGGACGAGGACAAGGCGUUUAUUGAGAAUAUGUGGGCGUGGGACAAGCCAGUUGUCGUUAACGGAGACUCGAAAGAAAUUUCCGACGGUAAGGUUCUUAAAUAG